AUGAACAAAUUUGAAGAUGAAUUAAAAUAUGCAUAAAAAGCAACAAGCAAUGAAUUUCUGUCUUGGUUACAGAAUGUGAGUUAUGAACUUAUAAAAUAAAAAGAAUACUCAUAUGGCUAAGAAUUUUUUAGAUCUUAACAAAAUUUAUAUGAACUUAUAUUCAAAUAAAAUGGUAUUUUGAAUAAUAGUUUUCGUACAACUCAAUAAAGAUAUGGCUCAAUUGAAGAUUCAUUUUUCUUUAUAAAAUUGUUGAAUAUUCUUUCACCAGAAGAAAUGUCAUUUUAUUCAGCUUUGCCAUCAGAAUUUCCUUAUCAUCCUGUUUCAUUAGAUAUAUUACCUGCACAUUUACAAUUAUACUUCAAAGACCCAUCUUUGGCAAAUAUGAAUCAAUAAUUUUAAGCAUUUUAAGAUAUAUUUUAAGAGAAUAUAUUAGUUGAAAAAAAUUAACUAAAAUUUUGUGUUAGUGCAAAAAUGAUGUUUUGGAUUUAUUUAUUAAAUGGUGCUAUUAAUUUUAAGGAUAGUGCUUUAUAUGUAACAGAUAAUAGUCAAAAAUUAUUAGAUUGUGCUUUAAAUAAAUGUAAAAGGAAAUUUAAUACAAAGGAUCCCUUAUUAAAAUAACUUACUCUUAAUCCAUAUAUAGUUCUUGUUAGAAGAAUUCUUGAAUAUAUGUAUACAAAAAUCAAAGAAAAUAAUUAAAUUCUAAGUCGUUAGAAUAAGUAAUUAACAAUAUUCACCUUUCAAUAGAUGAUUAUAUUAUUGUAAGAAUAUUCAUUAUAUGAACAUUUAUAUGUUUCUAAAUUAUUUGAAUUAAAUUUAACAAUAGAUUAAUAGAAAUUAUUAUACAAAAUCAAACCAAGUAGUAUUGUAUUGGAUACUCAAAUGAUGUUAGUUUAUUUAACAAUAUAUUUUAAUUCAUUAUAUGGAACUGAUUUAGAAACAAUUUAUUAAUAAUUUAAACCAUUUUUAAAAAAUUCUGAUAUUUUUAAUAAAAAUAGUUAAUUUAUUUAUUAAAAUAGAAGUUUUUUUUUUGAAUGUGGAAGAUAGAAACAAUAAAUCACUUAUUAGUAAGGCUUAUUUAAAUUUUUUGAAAAUUCUUUUGAAGUCUAUUCUAAUGAGAGGUAAUGUAAUUAGAUUACUUUAUAUUCACACAUAGCAGCUUAUGUUAUCUUUUUAAAAUGGCAAUUUAUUAAUAAAGAAUAAAGUAUUUAUAAUUAAGCUUUAAUAUUUGAUCAAGCUCUUUAAUCUUGUAUUGCAUCAUAGAACUAAAUUAUGGGACAACUCUAAAAAAAAAGAGAGAAUUCUUAUAAAGGUAACAAUCCAUUAACUAAAUUUAUUGUAAAUGAAUUGUAUCCUCUUUAUUAAGUUUGUAAAAAUAAAUUUGGAGAUAGUCCUUAAGCAAUUUUAUUUAAGGAUUUCAAACCACAUAUGAUUGAAUAAAGAUUUAGUUAAUUUUAAUUUAAAUUAGAUUCUCAUAUAAGAGAAUUAGAUCCAUAAAGGAAUUUAAUGAAAAAUUCUAUUAGACUCUAUUAUCCUUUUUAUACAAAAUAGCUUAUUACUAUUUUUAAAUGUUUAAAUAAUUUAAAUUAUAUUAAUGAUUCAGAAUAUUAAGGAUUUAUUCAUCUAUUUAACUUUUUAUAUUCUAAUGAUUAAAAUUCAUUCUUUUGUGAUUCAUUAAAAUUUCUUAAUUAAAAACCCUUUUAAAUCCCAGCAUAUUCAGAAGUUAAGAAUUUUUGUGAAUUGUAUGUGAAAAAUAGUAAUGAAGAGGAAUUCCUUAUUAAAUAAAAUGAAAAUAUUCAAAGCUAUGUGUAUUAAGCAAUUUAGUUAUUGAUGUCAUAUUAAUAAAGAUUAGGUCUUAAAAAUGAUAGAAUAGUAGAAUAAUUGGCUUCUUAAUUUAAUAUUUAAACAACAAAAAUUAAUGUGAAUCCAAUCAAAAAUAUGAGUCCAUACAAAAGUCUUGGUAGAUUAUCUAAAUCUAGAAUGUAAAUAUCAAAUUUAUAUAGUUAGUGUUAUCAAUGAAUGGAAAGCCCCCUUGAGAGAUUUCGAAAUUUAUGUUUUUUUUAUUAUUAUGUGGUAUGUUAGUUUAGGAUUGGAUAAACUAAAAGGGAUACCUUAAAAUGAAUUCCCAUAAACUCAAUGGCCCAGGAGAUUUGCUUCACCGAUUAAUUUAUUUAUAGUGUCCAUAAUCAUUUAUGGUCUUUUAAAAAUCGUUUUCAUGUUCAUUUGA